UGAACGUAGUAGCAUUGCUGCUUCAAACCGCUAGCUCUUGAGAGAGCUUCCGUUAAACACAAGUGUUUUUCAGGUACCAAGCUUCCAACGCGAGGCUGGCAAGCAUUUUUCUUUUCUAGCUACGGUAGAUGCUCAUGGCAACAAUGUGUUACAAUGAGCAGUAUACGCUGCUACUUGUUUUGAAAGCUUGCUUUCUCUGUCAGUUUUCCUGUUUCCCAAACGUCUCUUUCCUCUUCUUUGCCUUCUUUUAAAAGCUUGGAGUCUUUUGUAGACAGUGCCUAGUGCCGUGUACAUCUUUUAUUUCUUCUCCUGUGUGGAAGUCCACAGUGCCCAGGGAGCCCACGGCUCUGCCCCACGACAACAUGGACCACGGGAACCCAGACCUCGGCCCCACAGAGGGGCUGUGGAGGGGCUUACGGCUGGUCCCGGUCCCCGCCACGUCUGUGAUGUCAUUAUGGGGCCCGUUCCAGAGCCACCGGACAGGCAGGGAUUCUACUAUGAUGUUGGAGGGAGGGCAAGUGCUAUAAGGACCCCAGAGAGAAGCAUCUCCCCGUGCCUCAGGCGUCGAGGUGGGCGAUAGCUUGGCUUGCACCGCAUAAUCCUCCUCACCCAGGGAGAGGAAGAUGACUGCUGUGGCUUGCACCGCCUUCAGGGGGCUUUGCCUGGAAGGAAAGCUGGGCGAUGGGCUCAUCAGCGUGGACGGCAUUGAAUUCAUUGCUCACAAGAUGAUCCUCUCCAGCUGCAGUCCGUACUUCAGGGCUUUGUUCUCCAGCAACUGGAGCAAUGCUGAGAGGAAGGUCUAUAAAAUCCCCGGCACUUCCUCUGAAAUGAUGAGGCUCCUUAUGGAGUACGCCUACACCGGGACAGUGCCGGUCACGGAUGACAACGUUGAAAGUUUGCUAAUCGCAGCAGACCAGUUCAACGUCCUGGACAUUGUCAGACUGUGCUGCGACUUCUUAAAAUCCCAGCUGUGCUUGGAAAAUUGCAUCGGCGUCUGGAGAUUCACAGGCUACUACUACUGUCCUAACCUGCAAGAAGCAGCCCAUGAGUUCAUCCUGCGUCACUUCAAGGAGGUGACCAGGGUGUCCACAGAGUUUCUGGUGCUCUCCUUCAAGGACCUGGAAUGCCUGCUGGAGAAGGAUGAGCCCCCUGUGAAAGAAGAGGCCGUGUUCGAGGCCGUUCUGAAAUGGGUUGCUCGUGACCUGCAGAACAGGAGGCAGCACAUUGUAGUCUUGCUGGGCAAGGAAGGGUGGAAGUGUGGACAGAAGGGAUUUUUUUUCUCUAAAUAAACUCAGCGUUACUGACAGUUAAGACUCCGCUUAAAACUUUGGAACUUGUAUGUGCGCAAUGGUAUGAAUUUGUAGUCCACGUUCCCUGUACUUACACGUCCCUCAUGCAAAUCUGCAAGUGCCAUUUCUAUCAGUCUCAUAGGAACUGGAUUUUCAGCAGUGUCCCGGAAGGUCCUAUUGACCA